AUGGAUAAAUUGGAGACAUUUUGGAUACGUCAUAUUUUACCUUUUUGCGAGAAACACAACGCGGAGAAUACCAGACAGACAGAAAUGAUUUCAUCCUCCAUAUUUUCCGCGAGAAUGCGCACGAUGAUACCUCCAACACCUGCUCGAAGUUUUCGGAACGGGAAGAGGCCGACGAUGACGAAGGCGUCGCUCGAGAACAGCGAGAGUAGGGAAGAAGUGAAAGAAGACAAAGAAGAAGACAAAGAAGAUAUACGCAACACCUUUAUUGAGAGCGAUGCGACGAGAAAAAGAAGCAACACGAGACGGAAAAUGAUGACGACGACGAUUUCAGCCGCUGCUUUUUCCAGUUUCUUUUUAAGCAGCGCGAACGAAACCUUGGCGGGGGAAGAGGAAGAGAUGAUGAUGAAAACGAUUCCGGAUGAAGCGCCUGCGAAGCAGCAACAACAACUGUGCGAAGGAUAUUCGAAAGACGUCGCGUCCGCAUUCCCGAACCUGUGCGAAUAUAAGGUCACAGAAAAAGUUUACUUCGACGUCUCCAUCGGGGGUGAAAACGCCGGACGAAUCGUCAUUGGAUUAUUCGGCGAAGACGUUCCGAAAACCGUGGCGAACUUUCGAGAGUUGUGCGCAAACUCGAAAGGGUUCGGGUACCAAAACUCCAUUUUCCACCGCGUGAUACCGAACUUUAUGCUCCAAGGCGGCGAUUUCGAACGCGCGAACGGAACCGGCGGGUAUUCCAUCUACGGCAGAAACUUCGCGGACGAGAAUUUCAAAAUCCCGUUCACCGGGCCUGGCGUUUUAGCCAUGGCCAACGCCGGACCGAACACGAACGGUUCGCAGUUUUUUUUAACCACCGCCGCGACGCCGUGGUUGACGGGGAAACACGUCGUCUUUGGAAACGUGUUGGAAGGUUUCGACGUCGUCAAAAAAGUAGAGAGCACUCAAACCGGGAGAGGCGAUAGGCCGAAGAAAGACGUCGUGAUCGUUCAAUCCGGCGUGCUCUAA